UGUGAAUGUAUCCUGUAAAUGUCCUGUUAUCUCUUAUCUAAAUUAGAUAAGAUUUUUUUAAUAGUGUUGUGCAUUGUGUUCGAUUCUAGAAGCUUAAAAUGAAAGUAUGUUAGUAUCAGAUGCAAAUAACGAGGUAUAUAAAGUAACAAGAAAGACUUUGCUUGGUUGGGAAUUGACCCUCCUUCAAGAUGCUAUAUUUAAUUAUUUUAUUCCGUCAUUAGCAUCUUGCGUACUUUACAUAGCCAUUUUGGCUUGUGAUAUUGGUGUUAUCUUCCGUCAGUUCAAAGACGAAGAACCAAUAUGGGCUGGAAUGACAAUUUUGUUCAUAUGCAUGCCCAGCAUUACCAGUUAUAUGGUCAUCAUAUCCGACUGGGACCUGUGGCCUAAUCAAGUGGGUUUUGGCUGUGAAAAUAUUGAGUGGGCUCUUGUUAAAACUGUAGAACAUAUAUUUUUUCCGAUUUGGCAAUUAUGGAGAUACGGGGAAAGACUUUUUUGGUCCAUAGAUGCUAUUAUUUUACAAGACGACGAUGAAAGGGCAGAUUCACUUGAACACGUUUAUGCUCCAAGGGACAUUGAGCUAUCCAUAUUUUUACAGUCAUAUCAACAUGCCUUACCUCAAAUUUUGUUGCAGUUGUUCAUAUUGAUGCGACACGAAAGUGAACUUAAAUCACAAACAGAGAACAUCCAAGUAGUAUCAAUAAUUCUGAAUUUAAUCAAAGUCUCUGUAACAACGACCCACUUCCAAAGAUUUAAAACUCAAAAACUGGCAGGAAAGCAGUACCCGUGGUACAAACAGUACAAAAAACAAUAUGAAACAAAUAAACCGUUAAUUAAAACGAAUUCCACGAUUGAAUUAAGAAGAACCGGAGUUCUUGUACCUAGAAAAAGUAUGGAAAUUGAAAGGCUAUCAAUAGCAACUAUAACUUCGUUAAAGAAAAAAAUCAGAAGUUCCUCAGUUUUAAAUUUAAUUGGAAUUGAUAAGCACAAAGAAAUUGAACAACAACAAAACAAAGAUGUGAGUGAUAAAAAUGUGAAUAGGUCAAACGUAGAUGAUACAUUGGACCAAACCCUUAUAGAAGCGAACUUAGAUGAUACGCAUGCAGAAACAGUUGCUUUAAGAAACAUUGCGGAAGAUCCAAGAAUUACUUUAAGGAGAAACAGUUCUGAUAUAUAUUUAGAACCUAUAAUGCAUUCAAAACCACCAACUUUUAAUAACGACACAAGUGAUGAAGAAGAAGAAACAUAUUUGGAAACUAACAUUGAUGACGUUCUUAAAGAAGAAAUAAAAGCUCCAGUUGAGAAUGUCACUUUACGAAAUAAUGUAGAUGAAUGUUCGAGAUACAAUACGUACAGUACAAGACAAACAAUUAUAGAAACAGAUAAACAUCAGUCGAAAUAUUUAAAUAGGGAUGCAUAUAAUUCAGAGAAAACUGUGAUAAACUCACCAAAAACAGAUAUCUAUGACGUUAAACGAGUAAUUCACGUCAAAGGGAUGGUGGAUGAUGAUUUUGCGGGAAAAUCCAUUGCUAUUUUGUGGUGGUUUACAUUUCUCUUGGCUAGAGUACUAGCACUAUCAGCAUUUGCCUAUUUUUACUUUGUGGAAACUAUUUACUUAGUCUCGUCGCACUACAUAUUAGUGAUAGCUGUACUUGUCUAUGACGUAAAAUCAGAUUCUAUGAACAGGGGAAAAUUACCGUUUUUCAUAUUUCUAGGAUACAUUUACAUAUUUUGUAUAAUAGAGUUUAAAAUCAAAUUUAAGAAGGCUACUGUACUUUAUUAUGGCUAUUUUUUCCUUGUUUUCUUUGAAAAUAUAACAAUGUGUCUGAUAUGGUUCUAUCAAAAAUUAGAUACUUUGCAAACUGAUUUUUGGUUUAAAUAUAUAUUUUAUAUAGUUCUUCUAGCGUCGGUGUGUAGUUUGUCUUCUAUGAUUUUUUAUAUGACAAUAAAUAAACCACAAAAAGUUGUAACAAAAAGUCUUAUUAAGAUCUAAAACACUUUUUAUUUUAGUGAUUUUAUUUUGUAUUAAUAA